GGCUCCUGGGCAGGGCUCCUCAGUCAGAUGCAGUGAUGCUGUAUUUAGGCUGGUGUUGAUGAUGUGAUCUUCAGAAUAUCCUGUUGGUUUCUGCCAGGUACAUUAUUAAAGGAAUAGGGGUGAUUAAUUACUUGCUCAGGUUAAAGGAGUGAAUCCAGAUACCACCUCAAAAUAGAGACCCAUUGAGUCAUUGUUGGUCAAAUUCCCCUUAAGUGACAGCCCCUGCUCCCAGGUGUAGAUGCUCUGAAUCCUGGCAGUGCAGAAGGUGGGGGAUGGGGUUUCUAGGUGAGAAAAUGAGGCACACAGCUAUUAAGGGACAUGUUUGUGGUUCAGGACUGCAGAUUGGGUGCCCUCUGCAAGCUCAUCCUUUAUCAGCAGGUGAGUGGCAGUGUACUCAGUGUCUACAGCGGUGAUUUUGGGAAUGUGGAUGCCCAAGGAACCGUGGAAUUUGCUCUAGACUAUGAUGAGAAGAACCGGGAGUUCCAGGUCCAUGUGUCCCAGUGCAAGGACUUGGCUGUAGUGGAUGAGAAAAAAGGCAGAUCCGACCCGUAUGUUAAAACCUACCUGCUCCCAGACAAAGCUAGAAUGGGUAAGAGGAAAACAUCAGUGAAGAAGAGGACAGUGAACCCCAUUUACAAUGAGGUCUUACGGUACAAAAUAGAGAAAAUGGUAUUGCUGAUACAAAAAUUAAAUCUCUCUGUUUGGCACAAUGAUCCAUUGGGACGUAACAGUUUUUUGGGAGAGAUUGAAAUAGACUUGGCCAGCUGGGACUGGAGCAACAGGAAGCUCAACUGGUACCUGCUGAAGCCCCGGAGCCUUUCUGUUGUUAAUGGUGUGGAUCAUCGAGGAGUGAUGAGUUUAUCCAUUAAGUAUGUCCCCCCUGGAAGCCUAGGGCCCAAGAAUCCUCCCUCUGGUGAAGUUCACAUUUGGGUCAAAGAUGUCAAGGACCUGCUGCAGUUGCGUCCAUCAGGAGUUGACUCCUUUGUGAAGUGCUAUGUGCUUCCAGACACCAGUAAGAAGAGCUACCAAAAGACCCGAGUCAUAAAGAGAGACACAAACCCCGUUUUCAAUCACACCAUUGUGUAUGAUGGCUUUCAUACAGAGGAUCUAAAGGAUGCCUGUGUUGAACUCACUGUGUGGGAUCAUGAAAAGCUUACCAACCAUUUCCUUGGAGGAAUCAGGCUAGGCCUUGGGACGGGUUUGAGCUAUGGCAUCUCUGUGGACUGGAUGGACUCCACACAGGAGGAGGUGGCCUUUUGGCAGGAGAUGAUGUUGGCUGCCAAUGAAUGGAUCGAAGGAUUGCUGCCAUUGCGCUCACUGGCAGGGAGGAAAAAACUGAAAUAACCCAUUGUUGGUGCCAUAGAAAUGCCCAGUGUGUUCAUUAGAAUUAGGAAACUUCCUGUAGUAGGGAGAAAGAGACCAUCCACAGGGCCGUGUCAGGGUAAUGAGGCAAUGAAUGGGCAUCACCUUGGAGAUGUUAAGUACUAAUCCACUCACAGAGAACAUGGAAGAUGCCAAACUGAUGCUGAUUUUUCAAACAUGAUUUUGACCAAGAAAAACUUAAUUUGCCUUUUUGUUUAAUCAUUUAUGUAUUCAGUAUAUUUGAAUUCCAUUAAGCUCUGGGAACAUUGGCAGAAGGAAAAGGAGAUAUGAAUACUUUUUCUUUUGCUGUUUUGCUGUUUCAUGUGCCAUUUUUCUUCUGUACAGAGAUGUAGUUAUACUGAAGCAGUAGCAUAGUAUUAUUCAUACUCCUUGCAAGGGGUACACUUUGUACUUGGUGUACAAUUGCUCCAAGUCACCAGCAUAGUUUCAGAAUGGGAGCUUUGCAUUUGUCAUCCUCUUUAAUGUGAGGAAAAUUGAGUUCCAAGGUGCCUCUAAAGGAAGAGAGGACUAAUUGCAGCAGAAAAUAAAGAAAUCUGAGGAGGAUGACUGUGGAAUGCCCCCGCCCAAAGAGGCGGGGAUUUUAUUUUAGGCAAUGUUAAAGUGAGAGGUGUGGCUUUAAGUACCAAGAUGACUGGAUUCCACCCCUCUGCCUUGGGGGAUGUGCCCAAUAAGCCCGGGAAAAGUUGUUCCACCACAAAAUCCCUCAUGGGGUGCCAGCCCAAGGUGUUCUGCCCUUCUCGUGUCGUGAUUCAUUGUAUUCUGCUGCAUUAACCCCUCCUAUUGUACCCCUAUUGGUUUGUGUCCCUGGGGCUUCUCCCUUGUGUGUCCCUGUUAGACCCGGACCCUAAACCCCACCCUGGCUCCACCCCAUAAAACCCACUACCUCGCCUCUGUUCGGGGUUCUCCAUCUCUGGAUUAUGCUGGGUUAAUUCCUAUGUUGGUGACGCCCUAAUAAAUUGAUUCCUGCGUUUAACUUAAA